GAAGCCCAUGGUCACGGCAGUUAGGAACAGGGUUGUACAUGGAGAGGACUCAAAUUCCAGCAAGAGCAGGCAGAGGGAUUGGGGUCUGCAGCAUGCUGGAGCAGAACAGUCUUUGGGGUCAGCUGCUGGAUAGGUGCAGGGCAAUGGGAUUUGUCCAGAGGCAGCGUGUCACAAGGUUAGAGUAAGGGACUGGAGGUUAGGACUCCUGGGUUCUAUUCCCAGCCCUGGGAAAGAGCCUUGUCUAGGGAGUAGAGCAGGAACCUGGGUUCAAUUUCCAAGCUCUAGGAAGGAAGCGUGUCUAGUGGCUUUAGCCAAAGGCUGGGAUUCAGAACCCCUAUUUCCUGACCUGCAUGUAAAGCCCAGUUUCUACAAUGGCCAGAGCCUUGGAUAUGACAGCAAUUCCCUCUCCAGCACUGGUUCUCUACCUGAGGUCCUGGGCCCACUGGCGAGCCACAGAGCCUUUCUUGGUAGAAUUAAACAGAGAGGAGGGGGUCCCCGAAAGGCAGUCUCUUCUGUGAAGAGGUCCACAGAAUAAUGGAGCAGGAGGAGCACUGCUCCAUGGAAUAAACAGACACAGCCCUCAGGAAGCAUGAUCCAGGGCCUGCCGUGGCAAGGUCCAGGGCCAUACGGUAACAGCCAUGCACAGGCUCCCUGAUUAGCACCACACCCCAGUCUUUCACUGACUCCCCCCCUGCCCCUUUCCGGAGCCAACUGGCUGCAGAAUGUGGCCACCAGCAGCAACAGCGGCCUCUGAGAUACACAUCCCUUUGCAUCAGCCCUGCUCCUACAGGACCUGCUCUCCCAUCAGCCCCUGGACAAUGGAGCUGGUUGAUCUAGUUCACCCUGGCUCAAGAGGAAAAUGGCAAGUGACCCCCCCCGCAUCCUGGAAUAACAAUGCAAAUAGCUUCUUUUAAAUGCCAUGGGAUUACAGAGUGAGGGGCCGAGCUGAACAGAUGGGGCAUAGGCUAAAGCCGCCAGCCACAUGGCUGCUCCAGAGCUACCUGGCCUGGUUCCUUAGCGCUCAGCCCAGUGAGACAGAGGAGGGCUCUGAUGCUUGGCUUGCACUCUGAAUGGCUGAGGAGGAGGAGGCUAGAUAAUGCUGAGCUUGAGCCUCUUAGGCCCUGCGGGGAUUUUCUCCCAGCUCAGCCAGGCUGGCUGCUGGUCAGUCCAUGGGCAUCUGUCGACCACGUGGCCACCAAGCCCUGGGAUGGAGGGGGUGGGGGAAGGGCCAUGAGCUUUGAGAGUCACAGGUCUUAAAGCACCAUGGCACUAAAGCACAUCCAGACCUGGGAGAGCACUGGCUGUGCCUUCGCCCCAAGAGGCAGGAGCUGGGAGGCCCCCAUCAGCUUCUGGGGGAGGUUGUCCACAGCAUUCUUGCUGGCCAAGGACUGAAUGGGCCAUGGAGAUUAAAUGCCUUUUCCCACCACUAGAGGGUGCAGUCAAGAACAAGGGCAAACGGGGGCUACCCCUGCACUGGAAUCGCUAGCAGACUGCCCAUCCAGCACCUUUGGCCCAUGUGACUGUCCUCAUCACUAUCGGAGAAGAGCAGCUGCUCCCCCAGACAGCGUGGUUCCCAGAGCUACUGUGUAGGCAGUCAGGGCAAGCCUGGCUGGAAGGGCCAGGCACCUCCAACGCUCAGCAAGUAAUACUUCUGGUAUCCAGCAGUGCCCAGCAACCCCGACCGGGAAUCAGGUCUGGGGGGUGCUGCACAGACGAGCUCCGAUGUAGAGCUGAGCAAAGAUGGACUUGGGAGUUUGUUGGGGGGUAACCCUCCAUUAAGGGUCCAACGCCAACCUCCCAUUCCAUUCUGAGCCUUUUUAAAUGAUUUUGGAUUUUUUAAAAAUAAAGGCAAGGCAGAGAAAGGUGCUACCCCUUUAAGGCUGCACAGAGGGGAGCGGGUGAGACGGGCACAGGGCUGGCAGACUUGGUUACAGCCCUGGUGUGAGUUGGCCUGAGCUGUGGCCUCUUCUGCCCAGGAUGAACUUGGCGCAUGUCUCGUCUCUCUGCCCAGCACCUAUGGCUGCGGUGUCAUGAGGCACCUGCAUCCAGCCUUGCAAGCAGCAAUUCUAUCGCCAUGGUCUUGGCCUUGCUGUCUGCAGCACUGCCAGGAGAGCUGGACCUGCAGAUCCCAGGGGUUAAAAUGCCUCUGGAGCCAGUUCCUGGGGGUGGCCCAGAUCUGCUGGCUGAUACAGAGAAGGAUAGGCCUGUGCCCCCACAACCCCCUUUCAGAACACCCCCGCCCCAGUGCAGAAGUGGGGAGGACUCCUUGCACCUCCAGUGCUCUGUGUAGCCCAGGGCGGUGGCAUGUGCUGGUGCAUUUAGAUUCAGACGGGGGCCUGGCACACAGAGCUCUGGCCCUCCCCAUGUGGGAGCUGGCAGGGGCAUGGGUACCCCUCUGGAGCUGUUGUUGCUCCUGUAUAUUGCACUUACAUUCUGCUCUCUGUGUUGUUGUGAGCCCUGUCCCUUGUGUUCCAGCAUCCAACAGCCACUCCAAUUACCAGGGGAGCAUUUCUAGGCUCUCCUCCCUGGAGUGUCAUGUUCCUGGCACAGCGUGUCCUGCGAGCUUGCAGCAAGGAUGGAGAGCUUUGUCCGACACUGCAUGUUCUCCACGCCCUGCCUUUCUCCUCCAUUACUCAACUCCAGCCUUCCCCUCCCCGCAAGUUCUAGACUCUGCAUCGUCCCUCUGCGUACUAGACUCCAGCCUUCCCUCCCUGCAGGUUCUAGACUCUGCAUCAUCCCUCUGCGUACUCGACUCCAGACUUCCCCUCCCUGCAGAUUCUAAACUCCCCACUCAUCCCUCCCUUCUCGUCUUCUGCUCCCUGCCCAAGCCUUCCUCCACAUCUGUGGCUCCCAGCAGGUGGCAUGCGUUCCCCACAGUGCAUUGAUGCUAGAGCGCGGCACAGAGCCUCGCUUGCAUCGCAAGGCCUAGUUCUUAGAGUGUGAGCUGUUUGGGGCCUGGACUCAUAUGGCUACAGCACCUAGCACAAUGGAGCCCAUGCAGGCUUAAUGGGCUUCUAGCAUACAAAUAACAAUACCAAGGUUGUCCCAAAGCACAGACACACUGGCCUGUCCCAGCAUUUGUUAGUCCGCCAGCCCCCCACAUCCCUCACUGCCCCACAGCCACAGCCCCAUUGUGUGCAGUGCUAAGGUCCUCAUGGCCAACCAGCUCCGGAACGGAAGCUGCAUGCUGGGAUAUGACAGCGCAGCUGGAGGGCACGUGCCACAAGCAUUACACGAUAGGGUACCCUGAUCCCUUGACAUAUUCUGCUCUGAGAUGUGUGCCUGCAGCCAAGAUGCCAGCUCAUCAUGGGCAGGGUCAGAGAGCGUCCCUCACACUAGUCUGCCUGGUCUGUGCCAGGCUAAUUCUCCUUGCAGCGCAGCCUGGAAAACAGUCCAGUGGGCAGCUCAUGACAGCCAGUACUAUGGCAAACCACUGCUGGGGAAGGAAACUGGCACCUGUGCAAUGGGGCAUCUAAGACACAGCUGGGCCACCAGGGAAUGGUGCAAGUGGCACAGAGGCUGAGAUGAGUGACUGUAAGACACUUAAUAGCUGCCCCUCAGAGGCCACCAAUUGCACAGGUGACUUCCAAACUCCAGGGAGGCUCCAGGCAUCCUCAACACUAUAGAAGACAAGGUGGCGCUAGGAGAUCACGGUGCCAAGGGCACGCUGCUCACCCCCAGGGGCACUCAAAAGACACAAGUGGGGAGAAAAGCAGCUGGACAUUGCAGAGGAAGCAACAGCAAACAGGGCACUUGCCAAACUGCAUUUGAAACACAAACCCUGCAAAAACCAGCCACCAGCAAUCAAAUUAUGGAGCCAACUCUACAUGACAGCAGGGAUCACAUCUGGUCAGUACCCAGCACAUCCAGCUGAGUAUUACCAGUACCCGUGCAAACCACAGGGAGAUCACUUUCCAAAUCACUCCACCCAAGUAUAGGGCAGCCCAUUGCCUGUCAUCAUUCCUUUGCCCAAUGACAGAAACCCAAUGGGCCAGAUCCUCAACUGAUGUGAAUCCAUGGGGCCUUCAGCAGUAACGGUGCCCACGUCAGAGCCCUGUCUCCUCCUGGUCCUGGCCCUUCUUCCGCAUCAUCCUCUUCACUGGAGGGUGACAACUCAUCGCUGCCCACCAUUAGCUGAGCACUGGAGGCAGAGACACUGUGCAGCAUCCAUGCUCCUUGAGCCCCAGCCCGGGGGAAGAUGGUGGUGGUCCCCUGCUAUAAUGCAGGAAGUGAGAGCCCAUCUUCACAGCCCCUGUGCUGUCUACAUCCCAGCCAGGGCUCAUCUGAGCCUCAUUACAUCAUUGUUCUGCCUCAGGCUGGGGAGACCAAAUGUUUAGGCUAUGUAGCUGGGUAGGGCCUAACCACCAUCUCUGGCAGAGGCUGAAAUACAAUCGCGUUGCAAAGAAACAUGGCAGAGAGCCACAUUAAAAUGCAAAAGCAAGAGCCAAUAGCAGUGCCUACAAAUCUGGGAAAUAUUGGGCCACUGGGACAUUACCCCUAGCCUGGCCCUUCACACAGAACACUCAACCAAAGCCACGACUGCCACCUCUCUGCAAGAAGCGCCCAUUUUGUGAGGACUGCAUCCAAGCACACUCUGCCUGCCAUGACCCCAGCAGACCGGGGGCACACGUGCAGAACCAUCCCACCAUGGCAGGACCAUACACAUUGGAAAGGCAGUACCUGGACAGGCUGAAAAUCCCCAGCUGAUCCAUGCAGGAACUCCUACAAGCCCUGCCCGAUCCCUAGCCCUGCUGCACCAGUGAGUGGAUUAGUGGAAGAAAUAGGGCCUAUUUUGCGACUUCACUGCAUCUCCUGUAUUGCCAGCAAGCUAAUGCGACAGCCAGGAAACCAGAAACGUUCAGCAGAGCCAUGCGGCACCCUGGGAGCAGCUGCUGUCUGGAAGGCACAACGAGAUCAGCUCUCGGGGAGACGUGUCUGCACCAGCCUUUAAGUGGUCAUGCCACAUGACAGCCAGGCUCUGACGGUUGUUACCAGCACCUCUCCGGGUGACAAUGUGGGACUAAGAGGCGCAGCCAGCCCGGGGACCAACAGAAAAGAUUUAGCUGCUUGGGUCCCUACUAGACCUUGGGUGCUGGUUUGCCCAGAAGCCAGUUCAUGCAUUCCUAUACCAUGGCGUCACCAGACAGGAUGAGUGGCUCAGAUACCGGCCUGGAGGAGCCAGAGCUCAACAUUACUCUUACCCUCCGGAUGCUCAUGAACGGGAAGGAGGUUGGUAGCAUCAUCGGCAAGAAAGGCGAGACUGUUAAGAGGAUACGGGAACAAAGCAGCGCCCGGAUCACCAUCUCUGAGGGAUCUUGUCCUGAGCGAAUCACCACCAUCACAGGAUCCACAGAUGCUGUCUUCAGAGCCGUCUCCAUGAUCGCCUUCAAACUGGAGGAGGACCUGGGGACAGGAGCCGCCAACGGAGGAGCUGUGUCCAAACCGCCAGUGACACUGCGGCUGGUCAUCCCAGCCAGCCAGUGCGGUUCUCUCAUUGGCAAAGCUGGUGCCAAAAUCAAGGAGAUCCGGGAGAGCACGGGAGCACAGGUCCAGGUGGCAGGAGACCUGCUGCCCAAUUCCACGGAGCGGGCGGUCACAGUCUCGGGCGUGCCAGACGCCAUCAUCCAGUGUGUGCGGCAGAUCUGCUCAGUCAUCCUGGAGUCGCCGCCAAAAGGGGCCACCAUUCCCUACCAUCCCUGCCUCUCCCUGGGGAUGGCUCUCCUCUCGGCCAGCCAGGGCUUUUCCAUGCAGGGCCAGUACAGCGGGGGGCCUCAAGCUGAGGUGACGAAAUUGCAGCAACUCUCUGGGCAUCCCGUUGCCUUCACCUCUCUGGGCCAGGCACCCUCCCUGGUCCCAGGCCUGGACGCCAGCCCCCAGAGCAGCUCGCAGGAGUUCCUGGUUCCCAAUGACCUGAUUGGCUGCAUCAUUGGCCGCCAGGGCAGCAAGAUCAGUGAGAUCCGACAGAUGUCCGGAGCGCACAUCAAAAUCGGAAACCAGAGCGAGGGCUCCAGUGAGCGCCAUGUGACCAUCACGGGGACCCCAGUCAGUAUCACUCUUGCCCAGUACCUCAUCGCAGCCUGUUUAGAGACAGCCAAAUCUACCUCCCAGAUGCCCCCCAUCUCCAGCCCCGUUGACCUCAGCAUGACCUUCUCCCAGUCCCUCAAUCCAUCGCCGGGCCCCACGCUGACAGCGGUAGCCGCACCCCCUCCCACCUUGCUGGGUGGCCCUUACGCCAUCUCCCUGUCCAACUUCAUCGGCCUCAAGCCUGUCCCCUUCCUGACACUGCCCCCUUCCUCGGCUGCGGGGCACAACGGCAGCCUCGCCACCUACACGACCAAGAUCUCCACAGCCAAUGGCGCCAAGAAAGCAGAGCGGCAGAAGUUCUCUCCGUACUGAGGCUGGUGGGUGGGAGGCUGGCAGGCCAGAGAGGAAGGGGGAGACCACAGGAUGCCACCCCUCAGUUUGUGGGACACCAACAGCGCCACUCCAAGGCAGGCACCUGAGCCAGCGCCACCCCAUGCUGGGGCAUCCCGAGCCAUACGUGGGGAUGGACGGAGAGGUAGGGAACGUGGAGGAGGUGGGAGGGAAGCCUGGAGCCCUGCCGUCCCUGGUGCGUCUUCUCUGGACAAUGGGGUGGGGGCUGUCUCAGCCUUGCACCCCCCCUCCGUCCCCCACUUCUCCACUCCUGGAGAUGCUUGCUCUGUCCCUGUUAGCUUUAGUGCUGUAAUUUUUAGGGGAAGUUCCCCCCCCCCCCAGCCCUUGGAAUUGGAGGGCACCCUCACCUGACAGCGCAGUGCUGGCCACGCUCACCCUGGGCGGGCGGGCGACAGGGCGAGGCUAGAGGCCAGUUUGAGCAUAGCUCAAGGCCCACGCCGUGCUGCCGCCGGAUGUCUGGGGGCUGCUGGAACUGGAAUCAGUCACACUCUGCCCAGGAGUCGGUGCUUUUAUGAUCUCCAAGUACCUAGACCUGGACCAAGCUGGAAACUCAGCCCCGAGCUCUGGCCUCCCCUCCACACACAGAGCCCUGCUGGGAACAAGGCAACAAGCUGGGUCAGGUUUAGAGGGCUACCCUCCAGCAGAAAGGUACCUGGCCUGAAGGGAAGUCAAGGCAAAUGCUCAGAAUAUCACAGCACCUACUCCUCUUCUCUGCCGGGACAGGGGAGACCCCCCCACAGGUUCCUGUGACUCUGGGCAGGGGCAUAAUCGGGUAUAUAUUGGGCUAGCCUUGUGGCUUAUUUGCUGCUACAGUAACUACAGCUCUGGGAAACUGAUAGUGGCUAAUCACGAACACUCCUGGCCUAUCCCUGGGGCAGAACCCCAGCUCUGGCAGCUAAUGCAUGAGCUCAUUUGUUCCAAGGACUCAUUGGCUGUUGGAGUCAGUCGUGAUUGGAUGGAGACACCAGUCAAAGCUUCCUAUGUUUUGCCCCUUCCCCCAGUGGUUCCAUGGAGUAACUCCUGGCUCUGCUUUCUCCUUGGAGGAAGCUCCCAGGGUCUGCCCUCCCAAGGGUCCAUUACCAGGGCUCUUACCCAGACUGCACAAAGCCACGUGAUGGAUGGAUGGAUGACACCCAGUCUCCUCCUUGAUGGGAAGUUGCACCCUAAGAGGUGCAUCCAGUGCCUUCCUCAUGGGUGGAGCCUGGGGUUGGGAAAGGGAAACCAGACUAAUAGCCCUAAAUAAAGUCCUUCCCCUCCCCCAGUUAUCCUAACAGAUCAGACCAGGAGAGAGAGAGAGAGAGCCAGGCCUUUCUCGCUCAAAUGCUUUCCUGCUAGGGGGAUCGGAGGAGGCAGGGCAGGACUGUUUCAUUCUUAGACGUACUCCAUGGUGGAACAGGUGCAUCAUGAAGCAUCCAGCCGGGCCAUGUGCAUCGAACCCGCAGAGAGACUGGUGACUCCAAACAAGGGAUUACAAGGUGCUAACAAACUGACUGAGUCUGGAGUGAGAGCAUAGGGUCAAGUAACUGCACAGCGAGACUGUUCCUUAGCAAUCAGCUGUGUUCACCUGGCACUGAACAUGCCCUGUCCUGGGUGUCUGAGACCCUGGUUCCCACUUUAGAAACACCAUGAUCCAAACAGCCUGUAGUUCCCACUGCCAAAACCUGGUGAUCAACAGCAGAGAGCAAAGGAGUCUAGGGGCCUGAUCCCAGCCAGGGUACAUUAGUAUCCCUCCACUGAAGUCAAACACUCACUGAGGAUCUGGCCUGGUAUCUCCUGAAGUUCUGCCUCCACAACAAAGGAAUCGCCCCCUAUCCCCGCCUCUCCCGACAGAGAUCUCACCAACUGUGCAAUGAGCUGUCUCCAGCCCAUCCUCCACUUGAUGUUGAACGUCUCCCCCAGCAGCCCCCUCAAAAAGCUUCCCCUGCCCGCCUAGCCCAGCUGUCUUGGAAAAUGCUGUACAUAUAAUUCUCUAUUUUUUCUUUCUUUGUAACUUAUCAGCAGUUUAAUAAAGAGACAAGCCUUGCG